AGAAGUGAGCAUAUGCACGAGUUUUUGGCAUGCCAACUGAUUUUAGUUGACAAAUCAUUAGCUAUAUGUACCAAAAGCGCAAUGAGUGUAUUUUCUUGGACUGACCCAGUAAAUUAGAAAUAGCACCGCCUCCAUGCAUCUUUCGCGCACCAGUUUACUAAAAGGUUUAGUAAAAGUAUACACGCUUCCACGAGUUGCUUCCCUUGUUCCACGUGGGCACUGAGGCGCGGUUAGCCACGGCGAGACGCGAAGUUUCUCGAGCCAAGAAACCUGUUCACUUCGCGUGGGCACUGAGUAAACAAAAAAAUACUUCCCCCUGCAAAGAUCGAAAUUGCAUAUUACUAUUUCAACAAGUCUGAGGUCCCAGCAGCAAGCAUGGGUUGCCUGAAGGUGCUGGCCAUCUCCAUGUCAGUGUUGAUGAUAGGACUGUCUGCCUACCUGUACACACCUGUGCCUGACGACAUGACGGAACCCUGGAAACUCCGCUCCAUCCUCGCUGCUUUCAAGAUGGUGAAACUCAUCAGUGGCGUGAGUGAGAUGGUGGGGUUGGGGAGCAGAGUCAACGUGACUCGGGGCUUGAUCAAGAUGUUUGCUACUCAGGCAGUGGCAUCCAAGUCUGACCCCCUACUCAAGGUAACAGACACCAGGUUAUCCGGGAUCCCUGUCCGAAUCUACCGCCCCAAGAGUGCCCCCACGCCCAGCCCAGCGCUGGUAUAUUUCCACGGCGGGGGAUGGAUCUUUGGAAGUGUUGACCAGUACGAUGAGUUUACAGCUGAGAUUGCCAGGGCAGCCAACAUUGUAGUGAUGUCAGUGGAAUACCGCCUUGCUCCAGAACACCCUUUCCCCAUCCCGUUUGAGGACUGUGUGACGGCGACCCUACACCUGCUCCAGAACCCCAAGCAGUACGGGGUGGACGGCAACAGGAUUGCUGUGGGAGGUGACAGUGCUGGUGGGAAUCUGGCUGCAGCCAUCGCCAAAAGAUUUUCGGAUGAACCUACUUCGUACAUCCAGAGACUGAAGUUCCAGCUGCUCAUCUACCCAGUGCUCCAACCCUUCGACUUCAACCUCCCAUCAUUUCACAAAUUCAAGGAUGAUCCAAUGCUGUCAAAAGAAGAGGUUGUCAUAUGUUGGAUCCUGUACCUGGGGCUCAAAGAACCAGAAAAAUAUUACCAAGACUUCGCCACCAAUAAUCACACAUCAAUGAUCUUGAAAUAUUCGGAUUAUGCUCGAUCUGUGAGUCAAGAACUGCUUCCUGAGCGGUUUCAAACACCUCCAAUGGACAUCUUGAAUAAGAAUGAAGGAAAUGACGCUUUGUCCAAUCAGAUUGAGGCUAUUAUAUUGGAUGCAACCUUUGCACCCCUGUUGGCACAGAACCUGACCCAGGUGCCCCCUGCAUAUAUCAUGACUGCUGAUACAGAUGUCCUACGGGACGAGGGGAUGAUCUAUGCCGAGAGGCUACGUAGAGCGGGUAUACGCGUCAAUACUUACCAUGUGAAACAGGCUAGUCAUGGCUUCUGUUACAUGUACUUGUCUUACAGUUUCACACAGUUGGAAGUCUGCCAUAGGGCCUUGAAGGAAAUUGUCAACUAUAUUGAGGUCAAUAUGAACAAAGAAUAAUAAGGAUAACCGGUUCUUGAAAACAUGGCAUAAUUAUCAUUCUACCAUGAAUUUGGAAUUUACUCAGUUGUGAUUGGUCAAUCAAAGGCUAUUAAAUCACAAUAAACCCCCUCUGAUUGAAACAGCUGGUUUGAAGGCCGCAUCACCAUGGAAGCUAAUGUUCAUAGAAUAGUACUAUUUUCAGUCAUUGUCGGUAGGCAUAUUUAAAUAAUUAUAUCUACAAUUACAGGUUACAAAAUGCACAGAUACAAUAUUCAAAGGAUGUGUGGCAAUACAUUU